AUGUGGAAAAUAAUAGUGUUGUGUACUAUGAUCACGGGUCUAGCUGCUGAUAAUGUUAUUAACGUUAAGGCUUCUUACGAGAAUUACAAAGUCUUCAAAAUUCAUCCGCAAACAUACAUGCAGUUGGAAGUACUUCAAGCUAUGAAAAUCUCGAACGAAUUCAGCUAUUGGCAAGAACCAACUCAUAUAGACAAAGAAGUGCAUAUUAUGGUACCUCCGCACAAACUCGCGCAUUUCUAUGAAAUUGUGAGCGAUUAUAAGAUGUUCCCUAGACUCCAAAUUCGUAAUGUUCAAGAACUAAUUAACAAUACAAUGUCCCAGAAUCAAUCACAGAAAUUUGAUUUUAAUAGCUAUCAUGCUCUUGAAAAAAUCUACGAUAAUCUAGAUGAACUGGCCAAAAGAUAUCCUGGUCAAGUGCAAGUUAUCGUGGGUGGCAGAUCAUACGAAGGACGCGAGAUCAAAGGCGUAAAAGUCUCAAUAUCUAAUGAAACGAGACCCGGAAUUUUCAUCGAAGGCGGCAUACAUGCCAGGGAAUGGAUUUCGCCAGCAACUGUUAUGUACAUUUUGCAUCAAUUAUUAUUUAGUAAUGAUACGAAUGUAAGACAUGUAGCUGACAAUCAUAAUUGGUUUAUUUUCCCAAUAUUUAAUCCUGACGGAUAUGUGUAUUCAUUUACUAAGGAUCGAUUAUGGACGAAAAAUCGCAAACCGUCCAAUUCUUUCUGUAUUGGAUCGAAUCUUAAUAGAAACUGGAAUUUUCAAUGGAAUGCUUAUGACAUCAACUAUGAUCCUUGCAGCGAAAUUUAUCCUGGAAGCCAGGCAUUCUCAGAAACAGAAACGGAAUCCAUGUCUCUAUAUAUGAGAUCUAACCAUUUUUACAUGUAUAUUUCAUUCCACAGCUAUGGACAGCAAUUACUAUAUCCUUGCAGUUAUUUAAGCAUUCCCCACUAUGUAAUAUUGUAUCAGAUAAACUCGAUAGCAAUCAAAGCUCUUAAAAAGAUAUACAAUACUCAAUAUAAAACCGGAUGUAUUAGCAAGUUCCAAGAGUUGAGUGGUCUUAGUAUAAAUUACGUCGCAAAUGUUGUCCGCACACCCAUUGUAUAUCUCUACGCAUUGGACGAUAAAAGUGAAUAUAGCUUCUUGUUACCACCUAAGCAGAUCAUUCCGACUGGAAAGAAUACUUUUGACUUUUUUAUAGCUAUAUGUAAUGAGACAUUGUCACAUUAUAAUGCUUUACCAAUUUACAGAGAUAUUAUGUGGAAGUUAACAGUGUUAUCUACGAUUGUAAUCAUAAUUACUGCUCAGAAGGCAACAUAUGAUAAUUAUAAAGUCUUUAGGAUUACUCCAACCACGCAGAAACAUAUCACACUACUUCGUGAGCUUAAAUCUCAUUUACAGUUUAUAUUUUGGGAAACACCAGUCUUGGUAAACGUGACAUUAAAUCUUAUGGUAGUCCCAAAUUAUCUACCGCAAUUUUACGAAGUGAUAACUCAAAUCGGUGUACCCUAUUAUAUUAAUAUUGAAAAUGUUCAAACACUAAUUGACCAAACAAUGCCUCGUUAUAAAUCAACGUUUGAUUUUAAGAGCUAUCAUAGUCUUGAAAUAAUCUACAAUAACAUGGAUGACUUGGCCAAACAAUAUCCUAACAAAGUGAAGAUUAUUGUAGGCGGCAAGACAUACGAGAAACGUCAGAUCAAAGGCGUCCAAGUUUCUUUUAAGCCCAACAAUCCCGGAAUCUUCCUUGAGGGUGGCAUUCAUGCCAGGGAAUGGAUAUCGCCGGCGACUGUUAUGUACAUUCUGCAUCAGUUACUGGUUAGCAAUAACUCGGACAUUAGAAAUCUGGCUGAUAGCCAUGAUUGGUACAUAUUCCCUUUGUUCAAUCCCGAUGGAUAUGUAUACACGCACAAGAUGGAUCGCUUAUGGAGAAAGAAUCGUAAACCGCAAAAUCUAUUUUGCAUUGGUACAGAUCUCAAUAGGAAUUGGAACUACAAAUGGAAUACUACUGGUGUCAGCAAAAAUCCGUGCUUCAAUUCUUAUCCUGGAAGUAAACCUUUCUCUGAAAUAGAAACAAAGAGCAUGUCGAAGUAUAUUCAAUCUAUUUCUAAUAAAUUUUAUGCGUAUAUCUCAUUUCAUAGUUUUAAGCAACUUUUAAUGUUCCCUUAUGGUCAUACAAAAAUCCACCUCGACAAUUAUGACGAAUUGUAUGCCAUUGGUUUAAAAGCAAUUGCAGCUCUUAAAAAAAAAUACGGUACCGAGUAUCGAAUUGGAAAUAUUGCUGAAACAAUUUAUUUGGUCUCCGGAACUACUAUAGAUUACAUCAAAGGUACUUAUAAUAAGCAUAUCGUUUAUGUGUACGAGUUGCGCGAUCGCGGUCAUUACGCUUUCUUGUUACCUCCUGAUCAAAUUAUUCCAACUGGAGUAGAGACUCUAGACUCUCUUGUAACCAUAUUUAAGGAGAUAACAAUUUCAGUUUUUCUUGAGUUUAUGAUAUAA